CCCCGCCCCUCCCUCAGCGCGGCCCCGCCGCCAUUUCGCUGCCCCGGAAGCGCUCGCGGCCCCCCCGUGCCCGGCGGAACAUGGCGGCCGUGUCCGUGCUGUGCGCGCCCGCCGGCGGCUUCAGCUUCGACAACUGCGCUCGGAACUCGCUCCUGGAGGCCGAGCUGGUGCAGAAGGGGCUGCGGGUGCCCGCGCCGCGCAAGACCGGCACCACCAUCGCCGGUGUCAUCUUCAAGGAUGGCGUCGUCCUCGGAGCGGAUACGAGAGCCACGGAGGGGAUGGUUGUUGCUGACAAGAACUGCUCGAAGAUCCACUUCAUUUCCCCGAAUAUCUACUGCUGCGGUGCGGGCACAGCUGCAGACACUGAGAUGACAACUCAGCUGAUCUCCUCCAACCUGGAGCUGCACUCCCUGUCCACGGGACGGCUCCCACGAGUGGUCACUGCCAACAGAAUGCUCAAGCAGAUGCUGUUCAGGUACCAGGGCUACAUCGGGGCCGCGCUGGUGCUGGGGGGAGUGGAUGUCACGGGCCCCCACCUGUACAGCAUCCACCCGCACGGAUCCACCGACAAGCUGCCCUACGUCACCAUGGGUUCUGGAUCGCUCGCGGCCAUGGCAGUGUUUGAAGAUAUACAAACCCGACAUGGAGUCUUGAAAAGAGAAUGCAACUAAAAGUCUUCAGAUUUU